GAGUGCUGAAUCCGUGCGCUCCCGCCCGCCCCAUUCCAGCACAGCGCUGGGGUUCCCCGCGGCCCCGCUCCCUCCGACCCUACAGCCCCCCCUCCCUCACACCCUCCGCGGCAACGCCGACGCUUCCCCACCCAAAGAGGGGAAAAGCAGAGCCACCCGGUAGCCCCACCACCGUUCAUAAAUACUAAUUUUCAGCGAAAGAGGAAUAAAACAUAUCGACAACAGAACUGCUCUCAGCGCUGUUCCCUUUUGCCUGAUGCUCCUCGCGUAGUUGGGUUUUCUCCUCUUUUCUUUCCCUUUUCCCCCCCUUUCUUUCUAGUUUUUUUUUUUUUCUUUUUUCUUUUUUCUUUUUUUCUUUUUUUUUCUUUUUUUUUCUUUUUCCCCUCCAUCACCAAAAGCAAGUCGGGGGAACAACUGUGUCUGAUGCCUUACCUCUUUCGUGCUGACUGCUGGAGAUGAGCCUAGGCUUGACCUGACCAUGAUUCCAAGGACUGGCACUUCUCUUUUACCCCCACUUUGUAGAGAUCCAGGCCUCUUCCUGAUUGUGAAGAAAAAUAAAUUAUUGCUGAAUUUGGAAAUCUAGGCAGCAGCAGCUUACUUUUUCUGUGCAUCUCUCUGGAAUAAUUUCUGGGAUAUUUCCAAAUCAUCACAGAAAGCAGGAGGAAUGAACCGGCAGCUAGUGAAAAUAUUGACAACCUUGUUUGCAUUUUUCUUAGAGACAAACCACUUCAGGACGACUUUCUGUAAAGAACAUGAUUCAAGAUCUGGAAAAUCCCCCUCACAGACCCUGUCUCCUUCAGAUUUUUUGGACAAAUUGAUGGGAAGGACAUCGGGAUAUGAUGCUAGAAUCAGACCAAAUUUUAAAGGUCCUCCAGUAAACGUUACUUGCAAUAUUUUUAUCAACAGUUUUGGAUCAGUCACAGAAACCACAAUGGACUACAGAGUGAACAUUUUUUUGAGACAGCAGUGGAAUGACUCACGUCUGGCUUACAGCGAAUAUCCUGAUGAUUCCCUGGAUUUGGAUCCCUCUAUGUUGGAUUCUAUUUGGAAGCCAGAUUUAUUCUUUGCCAAUGAGAAGGGAGCAAAUUUCCAUGAUGUCACAACAGACAACAAGUUGCUGAGGAUUUCUAAAACUGGAAAGGUGUUGUACAGUAUCAGGCUUACUUUAACCUUGUCCUGUCCCAUGGACUUGAAGAAUUUUCCAAUGGAUGUACAGACAUGUACAAUGCAGCUAGAGAGCUUUGGCUACACCAUGAAUGAUCUGAUAUUUGAGUGGCUAAGUGAUGGACCCGUACAAGUCGCAGAGGGUUUAACCUUGCCACAGUUUAUUUUGAAAGAAGAUAAAGAACUUGGUUAUUGCACAAAACAUUACAACACUGGAAAGUUUACAUGCAUUGAAGUCAAGUUUCAUUUGGAGCGUCAGAUGGGAUACUAUUUAAUCCAGAUGUACAUUCCUAGCCUGCUGAUUGUCAUUUUAUCCUGGGUUUCUUUCUGGAUCAACAUGGAUGCUGCUCCAGCCAGAGUUGCACUGGGUAUCACUACAGUUUUGACAAUGACCACGCAAAGCUCAGGAUCGAGAGCUUCCCUCCCAAAAGUCUCCUAUGUAAAAGCUAUUGACAUUUGGAUGGCCGUGUGUCUUCUCUUUGUCUUUGCUGCUUUGUUGGAAUAUGCAGCAGUCAACUUUGUGUCACGGCAGCACAAAGAGUUUCUGAGGCUUCGAAGAAGGCAAAGAAGACAAAACAAGGAAGAUGAAGUUGCUCGUGACAGCCGAUUCAAUUUCAGCGGCUAUGGCAUGGGCCACUGCCUCCAAGUCAAAGAUGGCACAGCAGUCAAGGCUACGCCACCCAACCCACCUCCAGCACCACCAAAGGACUCAGAGUCCAUCAAAAAGAAGUUUGUUGACCGUGCAAAAAGGAUUGAUACAAUAUCCCGUGCUGCGUUCCCACUCGCCUUCCUCAUUUUCAACAUAUUUUACUGGAUUACGUACAAAAUUAUACGGCAUGAGGACAUUCACAAGAAAUAGGCAACUCUGGUUCGCCAGGACUUCUUAGCCAAAGUGAUCCACAUGUAAAUAAACAGUGAAAUGUCUUUCUGUCAUAUAGACUAAGGAUUUCUUCCCCACUCCCCCGGAACACUGGAGAAAAAAUUAGCAGAGGAAAAGAAGUGUAGAAGGAAAAGCGAUUCCAUGAAAAAAUAUACCGUGAGACCAGUCAAGAGGCUCCACUAUACGCUCCCAGUGUGCUCUUCCAGAUUCAGCAUUGAGCAGACAUCUGUAAUUGGGGCCAAAUUUUACCUAGCUUAUCACCAAGAUGUUACCUUUCAGAACAAAAGAGAUUUAGAGAACAAACAAUUCUUCUAAAACAUCUAUCAAGAGACUGUGGUGGCUACAGUACAGUGAGUUAUAAGAGGACCAAAAAUUUUCAGGAUAAUGUUGCCUUUCUAUUUGAGAUAAGUCUACUGAGCUACAUUCCAUGACCAAGUCUGUAGGUAGUGGUUUCACCAAGGAGUCCUUUUGUGGGUUGUAAAUUAUUUCUACUGAUAGAGGAGAGGAAAAAAAAAAAAAAAAAGAAAAAAAUUUAUACUUUACUAUCCUUGUGGGUGUGCAUUUUAAUAUUAUCUUGCUUUACUAGAAUUGUAAUUUUAAGGUUGAACUUGUGUGUCAUGUGAUUUAUUUGAUAGUUGACACUCCAAAACCAGUGAAGCUGCCUGGUUUAUUUCUGUUGGGAGACAGUGCACUUACUUAAUUUUAUUUCUGCUGGUUUUACAUGCAACUUGAGGUGCCAAACUGUAUUUUACCUAUUGUGCUACCUUGUACCACACUACUUAGUAAGAACUUGUUUCCUCAAAGGUGUAGCUCAGUUUAGCAUUGAGUUUCUAUUAUCGCUCUCAUUGUAGCUGCAGUCAAUAGCUCUGUAGGUAAACACAACUUGUUUACAGACCUCUAAUUUAUAUCUUUACUCAAAGUGGCUAUCAUUUUAAAUAUCAUUAAUUAACCUAAGAAUUUUAAAACUGUACUGUGAUUUUCAGAACCUGUUACCUUUUGGUGCCGGAUCUGCGUUAUUCAAAUCCUUGCUACAUGUUUUAAAGUAGAAAAUUAAAAAAAGGAAAAAAAAAAAAAAGUUAAAAAAAAAAGAAGAAAAAAGAUGGUAUUUUUGCUUACAUGGAAGAAGAAAACCUGUAACAUAAGAUGAGUAAAACAUUAAAAUUUUACACUUGCUGUAAAAGGGUUUAUUAAAAAAAGCUCUUUGUUCAAUUUCAAUAAAGCUAAAUGUGGUACUAACA